AUGGUGGAAAACACUGUGACUUUUGCGCAAUUCUUCGCUGGAAAGAACAUAUUUGUGACUGGAGGAACAGGAUUUCUGGGAUCAGUUCUGAUUGAGUCCUUGCUCAGAGUGUCACCCGACAUUGGACAAAUUUACGUGCUGGUGCGCGACAAGAACGGCAGUUUGGCGGAUAAACGCAUUCAGCGGAUGCUUUCGAAGCCCCUCUUCAAAAACCACUCCUCGGCAGCGUUUAAGAAAAUUGUGCCCGUCGUCGGGGAAUUGACUGCUGAAAAUUUGGAUUUCUCCUCUUCCGUCCUUCAUGACAUCACGAAGAAUGUCAAUAUCAUUUUUCACAGUGCCGCAACGAUCAAAUUCAAUUCGCAACUCAAGACGGCAAUCGAUAUCAAUGUCCUGGGCACGCUCAGAACCAUCGAAUUGGCUAAGCGGCUGGACAAUCUUGCGGCCUACGUGUACUUCUCCACGGCCUUCUGCAACAGCAACAAUCGCGGCCUGAUCCUGGAGAAAGUCUACCCGUCGCACAAAGAUCCGUAUGAGAUGAUGCGGUUGGCCACAGAGCCACACCUUCUGCCUGACAUCUCAGAUUGCGAGGGUGUGAAGGAGAUCAUCGGGCAGCAUCCCAACACUUACACCUUCACCAAGCAAAUGGCAGAGAAUUUGAUAGUGAGGGAAAUGGCAGGAUUGCCCGUGGCGCUAAUCCGACCCUCUGUCGUGUAUGGAACAUACGAGCAUCCCGUGCAAGGAUGGGUUGGCAAUGCAAACAGCGGACAUCUGGGCUUCCUGGCCGGCUAUGUGAAAGGCGUCUUUCGCACCAUGACUGGAAAUCCCUCUUCCGUCAUCGCGAUCAUUCCGUGUGACUACGUCAUCAACUCCACGCUGGCCAUGGCGUGGUACGUAGGCACGCGCAAGAUCGCGCAACCCGAAGUAAUACACUGCACGUCGACACACGAGGAGAAUCCCAUAACGCUGAAGGAAUUAUGCGACAUCUUUAACCGCAGCGCGGCUCUACAUCCUUGCGACAAGUUCCUCUGGAAGCCACAUUGUCAGCUGAGGAACUCUUUCCGUUACACAAUCUUCUUCUACCUCUUUCACAUUCUGCCCGCCAUGGUUGUGUGGAUUCCCGAGAAGAUAACAGGUCUCGGAAUCAGGCGAAUGAGUGUCUUGGAUGCCAUGCGAGUGUUCGACAGAGGCACGAAAGCCUUCGAUUACUUCAUGAAUCAGGACUUUAGAUACUCCGUCCAGAAUUCUCUGCGCAUCAUGCGGACGAUGAGCGACGAAGACGCGCAGAGAUACUGCUUUGAUGCCGCGCGCUGCGACUGGAGUGAAUUGAUAGCGAGAUGCUUCAAGGGCUUGCGGCUCUACUACUUCAAGGAGUCCGCCAACACGACCCUCAAGCACAGAGUCAUCCGAAAAGUGUGA